AUCCAGGAAUCAGGAAUAUGGAACUGGACCAGGGAAAAUGCACACACUCGUGUCCACGGUGAACUAUUUCUUAGCUGCUGCGAUGAAAGGAAAAAUUAGACGAUUGUCCUCUUUCCUUCUGUAUCCUGCUGUGACAACUAUCCCCCUCUCUGUUGUUUCCAUCGCUCUCCAACUUCCCCCUGCAGGUUCCCUCUUUUCCUGAGAUAAACCUGCCAGCUCUCUCACCCCCCCCAAUUAGUCCCUCUGCUACAAUUAUAGCCUGCCAGGCAGAAACAUAUCAGACCAUGGUUAUUGGCAGACAUGCGGACAUCUGCUGCUGGGAGCUCAGUCUGGAGGUCUGCAGAGAGACGAGAGGUCAAGGCUUUUCCUCUGACCUUGACCUGUCCUACUUCUGCUGCUCAACCCCGACGCCUGUCGGCCAGAGCGCGUCUAUGAGAGCACGGUCACCUUGUCGGCACCGAGAGGAGAGUUAACUCCCAAAACCCUAAUCAACACCAAGCAGCAGAAUGCAAUGACAGCUAGAAAGCAAAUUAUCCUCAUGUUCUUUUUCAUUUCCUUUGCUGGCUGUGUGUACAAGGUGGGGCUGCAUUGCAACGUCCCGUGUCUCCGAGAACGAGAGGUGCUCCUUGAACUCCUCAACCACGUUGAAGCUCAAAUAUUGAAUUAUUCAGCGAGACAAAACCACUGAUCAAAAGGUGUGAGUGGAAGAUAUUUCAUUUGGACAGAUUUGGGCCUCACAGUGACAGCUUGGCUGACAGAUUCAAUGGCGCAGGAUUAUUUCCGUGUGAGUGUGAGUGAAUGCCGGAGUGGAAGAGAAACGUUGGUACAUGAUUAAUGUGUUUCCAUCAGUUUUUUUUUGUCAGCAUAUCACAAAAUUGAGGCGUAAGUUUCCCCUUUGUCCUCACCCCAGCGUUCCCGGUGCCCCCUGUGCUUCUCCCUCGCUCCCCCACAAUGCCCCCUGUUUCCCACUCAGCUGCAUCCCCACAGUUCAACUUUGGACAUGUCACUCGACCCACCUCCACAGCAGCAGCCCCGCAGCUGUCCCACCCUCUCCGGCUUCUUCCCUCCUUCUUCCCUGCCGCCGAGCUCAUAAGUCAGAACCCACAACAGUUGGCGCGGUGUGAGGAGCUUUUGCCCUGCACAGGGAGAGGGAAACCAGGCGACGAGCACGUCUGACAUCAGCGGAUUCUCUUCCUCGAUAUCCUCACCGGCGAUCCCUUUUCAAAGCUGCCACCAUGCAUGUGUUGGGCAGCUGGCGUGUGCUGUGUGUGCUUGGCCUCGCGGUUGCAUCCCUGCGCAUGGAUGAGGCUGAGCUCGAUGGGAACUACGCCGACGACUACGACAACGAGAUCUCUCGUGACCAGCGGGAGGAGUCUCCAUGCCAAUCUACAGAUUCCUCCCGCUGGGACAAGCUGUCCAUCGCCCUGGAGGACUCGCACAUGAGGCAGAACAUGUUGCUGGAGUCUCUGGAGCAGUGCUGCGGAGGAAUGGUCUCUCUCAGGGCCCAGGUGGAGAAGCUGACCAGGGGGACGUGCCAGCGGUGUGUGCCCAGCGUGGAGUCAGCGUGCGGGGCCCAAGCGGAGCGGGCGAGUCUUCGGCUGCAACAGGGUCUGGUGGAGCUCAGGAGGGAGGGAGCAGAGCGGGAGGGGAGGUUGAACGCCACCGUGCAGAUGCUCCUGCACAGCAGUCGUGAGGAGAAUGCCCGACUGAAGCGGCUGGAGGAAGGAAGGGGUCACGGAGCGGUGCCAUCGGGACCAGCAGACAGCAGGACGGGACGCCAACCAACGCCCAGACCGGGAUUAGGGCUGGGGGCGGCAUUCAUCUCGGGGGCGAAGCCGUUCCCAUCUGGCCUGAGGGAGCAGGAAGCGUCUUCGCCGCUGGACAUGGCCACGAUGGAAAGGGCCCUGGUUGCCAUAGCAACAGAGCUGCAGCAGGUUCACCUGCAGCUGAGCCGAGUGAUAGAGCAGGCAGGGACAUCGAGGAAAGACAGAGGAGACACAUGAAUUGCCCAGAGGGAAAGAGAGAAAAAAAAAAGACUGGGAAGAGUCCAGUGACAACGAUUUUGCACAUACUCAUUUUUUAAUGAUGUUUUUAAAUGGCCCCUUUUUUAAACAUGAGCUUGUUUAUGUCUGGUAACAAUAGAAUUAAACGUUGCAUAAAUGCUGUGGGUUCAUUAUAACGAAUAAAAAACGAAUCAAACAACCUAAUCGGCCUUGUGGAAAGGUUUCCUCCCUCCUCCCACACACUAACCAACGCAGUUUAAGAGCUGCAUACUUUAUGCUUUUUCUCUUUUUCAUUUGUCUCAGUCGGUGCAUGUGCCCUGCGGAGUUUGCGCCACCAACCUCAAUGUUUUUGGUGGUUGCGGAGAUGUCUGCACAAGUGUGUCAGAUGAUCUGGACAGUGUUUAAUUUUUGGCUGGUCUCGCCCUCUCAUUAACUUCCAUAAGAGUCUGUAAUGCUAAGACACCACGACUUGUAUUGCUCUGGGUGUUUAGGAUUUAUGAAACCCUGCCAGAGUCGGGAUGAUGCCGCCUGUCUCUCCUGUAGCCCUGCAAAAAAACACACACACAUACACACACACACACACACACUGUAAUAAACAGUGUGAGUGGCUAGACCAGAAGGACUUUCCAUGUUUGUUUGUUUUACAGUUUCUGUAUGAUGGUGAGCCAGAGAGGAAUCAGAAAGAGGAUGAAAGAGACAUACGGUAAAUAUUCUUUACUUAAAUAAAUGUAGCCACACCUCAAAGUAAAAAUACCCCAUUGCAAGUAUUAUCAGUACAAUUCACCAAAUGUAUCACAAAUAAAAGUAAUCAAUAUGCAGCAGAAUCACCCUUAUCAAUGACAUAUUAAUAUAUUAUUUGAUAAGACUGAUUGAAAAAUAUGUAAGCCCAAUUUUAAUCUUGUAGUGGGUCGGGGGGGGGCGAAUAACUUAUUGAUUACAAAAAAGACAUAAAAAUUGGUUAUGUAAUAUAACAUUUGUAUGGUAAGCCUAAUUGGUUGUCAAAUCAGCUGUCAAAAAAUGUCAUGGGCUAAACAGUAAACGUGAGGCAAAAGUAUAAAUGGCAAAAACAAUUAUAAUAAUAAUAAUGACAAAAUGGAGCACUCACGUAAAAGUUUGAGCAUCUCUAUUUUACCUCAAAAAGCAUUUUACCACUGGGCAAAAAUACACGUGAGUAUGUGAGUUUAAUUAUUCACCACUUUGUUGAGUUUAAUUAUUCACAAGUUUUUUAAUUACUUAAUUAUUUGCACUAAUGAAGUACUACUUGUGCCCAUGUCUGUGUGCAUGGCUGCACCUUUCAUGAUACAUCUGCAGCUGAAUGAAGAACUAGCUAGAUCUGAAUUAUAAUUUUUUUCUCUUUCUUUAAAUGUCACAACUAAAGAUAAUAUCCCAUAUACUGCACAGGCUUUUCACAACAUAGUUUCACCAUAGUAUCCACACGAGUGUAUGCUGAAUGCGGGGGCAUUUUUUUUCAUUAAAAGUCUCCAUCUGUGCAA